AUGGACGCAAACAAGGCUUUCGAUGCCGAGAAGGGCCUUGCCCAAACCGUCACAGAGACACCUGAAUAUGAAAUUCAGAGUGGUCAGAACGAACUGAAACGUUCUUUGAAGAACAGACACAUGCAAAUGAUCGCUAUUGGUGGCGCCAUUGGGGCUGGUUUUUUCGUCGGAGCAGGCGGUGCGCUUUCUACUGGAGGUCCUGCGUCGUUGAUCAUUGGCUUCUCAAUCAUUGGAAUCAUGUUGAUGUGCACAAUGCAAGCUUUGGGAGAAUUGACUGUGCUUUAUCCUGUUAACGGAGCAUUCUUCACUUAUGCAUGCCGUUUCAUCUCCGAGUCCUGGGGUUUCGCUAUUGGAUGGCAAUACGCUAUUCAAUGGUUGACCAUCCUUCCUUUCGAACUUACCGCCGCUUCUAUCACUAUCGACUUCUGGAAAGGAGCUGCCCACAUCAACGUUGGUGUAUGGAUCGCCAUUUUCCUCGUUGCUCUCUGCGCAAUUCAGUUCUUUGGUGUGAGAGCAUACGGCGAGGUCGAGUUCGUUCUGUCGAUCAUCAAGAUCAUGGCCUGCAUUGGUUUCAUCAUCCUCGGUAUUGUGAUUGACGUCGGUGGUGUCCCGACUGAUACUAGAGGCUACAUUGGGGUCUCGUACUGGGGAGAGGGACGAGCCUUCCGCAAUGGCUUCAAGGGCUUCUGCAGUGUCUUCGUUACCGCUUCCUUCGCCUUCGGUGGUACUGAGUUGGUCGGUCUUGCAGCUGCAGAGUCCGCCAACCCCAGAAAAGCCCUUCCCCAGGCUGUCAAGCAAGUCUUCUGGCGCAUCGCUUUCUUCUACAUCGUCGGCCUCUUCAUCCUCGGUCUUGUCGUUCCUUCAGACAACCCCAAUUUGCUUCAUGCACACGGAGCUCACUCUAACUAUUCUCCAUUCGUCAUCGCCAUCCGUCUUGCCGGCAUCAAAAUCUUGCCAUCGGUCUUCAACGCUGUCAUCACAAUCUCGGUUAUUAGUGUUGCCAACAGUUCUGCCUUCGCAUCUACUCGUACCAUUCAAGCACUUGCAGCAAGAGGCAUGGCUCCUAAGUUCUUGGCUUAUGUUGACAAGAAGGGUCGUCCCAUCCCUACUAUCAUCUUGCAGAUGGCCAUGGGUCUUCUCGCCUUUGUCAACUUGGCAGCCGCAGGCAGCGUCCUCUUCACCUGGCUCCUGUCCCUGACUGGUCUCGCCAACUUCUUCGUCUGGGGCAGCAUCAACCUCUCUCACAUCCGCUUCCGCAAGGGUUGGGCUCACUCUGGCCGCAAUGUCGAGCAGCUCCCCUACAAGGCCAAGUUCGGUGUCAUCGGCAGUUACAUCGGCCUCUUCCUCAACGUUAUCUGUCUCGUUGCUCAGUUCUACGUUGCUCUGUUCCCCAUCGGUGGCAAGCCUGACGCUGCCAACUUCUUCGAAUCGUACCUCGCCGGCCCCGUCAUCUUCACCCUUUACGUUGGAUGGAAGGUUUGGACUCGCGAGUGGAAGCUCUGGGUGUCCGCCUCCGAUAUGGAUGUUGUAACAGACAUGCGCAUCUUCGAGGAUGACGAGGAGGAGGAAGCGGUCAAGGUUACCGGCUGGAAGGGCAAGGUCAAGUCUUUCACCUCUGCUUUCAUCUAA